AUGGGCAGUGGCGGCGAAAGGCUGCUGCUCAAUGCCCAGGGCACCCUUCGAGUCGUCUGGAUCUCCCCUGGGUUUCUUUUUGUCGAUGGCCAACCCAAUGGCGAUGUAAAAGUCAACUUCAACGGCAACGGGACAUUCAGCCACGCCGUCAUGCAGGAGGGGCCAUGCACACUUUACAGAAACAUCGAGCUCAACCUAACGGUCUGCAACGUGCAAGCGACGGUGAGGAACAACAACGGUGUCACCGUGCCCAGCUGCACCUCACUCUGCCGAAGUGGCGCAGGAUCCUCAAGUGUCGUCGCAAAGGUCCAAGGUACAAUAGGAUAUCUGGACCCGAUGUACUUGCGCACAUGGCGCCUCACGGAGAAAACUGGUGUUUAUAGCUUCGGUGUUAGGCUUAUAGAGCUGGUGACCAGAAAGAAGGCAUUUACCUAUAUAGCUUCCAAAGGAAAUGGACUUGUGGCACAUUUCUCAACCUUAUUUGCGGAAGGCAAUUUGCUACAGAUAUUAGAUCCACAAAUUAUGAAUGAGGGUAGCAGUUAA